CCAAAACCUUCAAACGUAAGUAAAGGCUUAGGACAAAACAGAUAACUUCUCGGAAAAUCUAACGUCUCCGUUUAUCUCUCUCUCUCUUCUUCUUCUUCCCGCAAACUCGGAACCUUUUAUCCAUUGAAACCAAAGAAGCUCUAGAAACGACGACGUAGUGAAGAAAAAAACCAUGUCUUACGAUUAUCUUUUCAAGUACAUCAUCAUCGGCGACACUGGCGUGGGAAAAUCAUGUUUGCUCUUGCAGUUUACCGACAAGAGAUUCCAACCGGUUCAUGAUUUAACCAUCGGUGUCGAAUUCGGUGCUAGGAUGGUGACCAUUGAUGGCCUACCCAUCAAGCUUCAAAUCUGGGAUACUGCCGGGCAAGAAUCCUUCAGGUCCAUCACCAGAUCUUACUAUAGAGGAGCGGCUGGAGCUCUACUUGUCUACGAUAUAACCAGGAGAGAGACAUUUAAUCAUUUGGCAAGCUGGUUGGAAGAUGCGCGUCAGCAUGCGAAUCCCAACAUGACAAUCAUGCUGAUAGGAAACAAGUCCGAUCUUUCUCACCGGAGAGCUGUUAGCAAAGAAGAGGGCGAACAGUUUGCAAAGGAAAACGGGCUUUUGUUCUUGGAAGCAUCCGCGAGAACGGCGCAAAACGUCGAGGAGGCCUUCGUAAAGACCGCUGCCAAGAUUCUAAAGAACAUCCUGGAAGGAGUCUUCGAUGCUUCCAAUGAGUCAUCUGGCAUCAAGCUCGGCUACGGGCAGGCACAAGGUCCAUCUGGUUCAAGAGACAGAGCCGUUGCUCAAAGUGGUGGUUGUUGUGGUUAGUACAAAAUGGAAACAAUCUAUUGUCUUUAUUCGAUCCUUUCCGGUUUAUUUCUACAUCGCAUCGCUUUGAUGAAUAUCACCAUGAAGGUGUUGUCGAACUCGGUAAGAACACUCGAUGUAUAGAACUAUGUCUUUUCCUUGUACUGAACCCGGAACUCGUUUGGCCGCCACGCGCCUCCUUUACAUUCUAUCCCGACUCAUUUGCACUGUAAGAUA